AUGUAAAUAAAGAGAAGUUCAAUUGAAUAAGGAGGAUUAGAAUAAAUUUUGGAUGGCAACAUGUCUCCAAUUGCUCUUUAAUUGGAUUUAGAGUAGGACACUUAAUCAAUAGUGAGUAAAAAAGAUGCUAAGAAUAAAUUCCAGCCCUUCUAAAAUGAAAGAAACUCAAUUGGGAAAUUAAUCCAAAGAACAAAAAGUAAUGACACUACCUCUAAAUUUCACUUUCUUAAAAGCCAAUAAGUUGUCUUGCUUGCAAAAGGCAAAGAAACUGUGCCUCAUGUUAGUCAUGCCUACUAAUUAAGCACUACUUAUUUACUGGGUCUUAAAAAAAGAGAUAUCACUCCGAUGGACAAAGCAGUCUCCUUGAAACAGCGGCUCAGAAAUUUUAAAAUCAAUCUUCAAGCCGAUUAAGGCUUCAUUAAAUAGUUUAGGGAAUAUAAAAAAUAGUAUAUUCCUAAAACUCAAUUAAGCAGAGCCUUCUUAACUCCGAGGAGAGAACAUUUUUAUAGAGAUGUACAUAUUGAAUUGUUUAAGGUAUGAUAGACUCACACUCCUGGGCCUGGAGUCUACUCAGAUUAAUUGUUAAUCACUGAGCCAGGUCAAUCUAUGGAAUUUAAUAAAAGCCCGUAAAUGAGAAAGUCUCCAUCUCCAAUUUGUUAAAGGGACUUUUAUGAUUUCCAAUUUCUGAAAAGAAAUGACAAUUCACCUGAUUUCUAGAGAACCAUAAGUAGAGAUAAGGCAUAUUAAAGAAGUAUUUUUGCUUAGAUUGAGAUUCAAAAGAAGGAGAACAUGGUAUUUGAAAUAGGUUUAUAGUGAAGAAACUUCAAAAAGAGGAACCUUAUGAUGAAUAAAAAAUUAACAGGGAUAUUGAGUACUUAUUGUAUCAGUAAUAAAAGUAUGGAAAAUUAAGUAUAUUUUAUAUGUAUAUAGAUUAGAUUAUUAGAGAAUACUUGAUAGCAAUAGUGAGAUAAAGAAGUUUGCCUAACCAGAUUCUCUUGAUACUAAUUGGAGUAAAAUGCUGUAAAUCUAAAAUAUUUAAUAUAUAGAGAACGAUAUGGUUUUAAGAGGUUAAAAGGAGGAAAAAUCAAAAAGUAAAGAGUGUAAACAGCUGCAAAUGGGUGA